AUGUCUACUCAAUCACCAUCUGCUUCCUCUGCUCCUGCCGAGAAUACCAAGAAAUGCUGUCCACCAGAAUGCGAUAUCUUACUAUGGAAAAACCCCAUUGAAACUGGUAAGAUCUUCGGUGGUGCUCUAGUCGCAUUGUUAAUCUUGAAGAAAGUCAAUCUAAUCACUUUUUUCCUAAGAGUGUUCUACACCAUCUUCUUAACUACUGGUUCUAUCGAAUUUUUGUCAAAACUAUUUUUAGGUCAAGGGUUAAUCACCAAGUAUGGUAUUAAGGAUUGUCCAAAUACCGUCGGGUACUUGAAGCCUCACAUUGAUUGUUUCUUGAAGCAAUUGCCUGUCAAGCAAGCAAAGAUGAGAAAAUUGGUCUUUGCUUACUCUCCAAAGAAAACUUUCCAUGCUGCUUUCACUUUCUACCUUUUGCAUAAAUUAUUCUCAUGGUUCUCCGUUUGGACUUUGCUUUUCGUCGGUGUCAUUGCUGCUUUCACUUCACCAUUGACUUAUUGUACUUAUCAAAAGGAAAUUGACGCUGUCGUGGAACAUCUAUGUCAAUGUGCCAAGGCUAAAUCUAAUGAAGUUUGUAAAUUGGCUUGUGAAAAAUCAAAACCAUUAUGUGACAAAUUGGAAAAGAAAUGUGGUCCAUUAUGUAAAUUUAUUAAGGCUAAAUUACCAGCAUCCACUGGUGCUACUACCACUUCUACCAUAACCCCAGAAUCUACUACUGCUAAAUUGGCUUCUCAAGUUCCAAUUGAAAAUGAUGACUCUACUGCUACUACCACUUCUGCUAACGUUCAUCAUGGCGAACAGCAUCAUGCCUCCACAGGUACCAAGGAAUUCGAUGUGGAUCAAUUGACAAGUGAAUUAAAGGAAAGCACUAACAAUUUGAAACAAGAAUUACAAGACAACAAUUUGUGA